AGUUCUGGCAUCAUCUUUCAAAGGACCGCACACCUUUUAAAUGCCUUCCCUCUGUUGGAAACAAUGAAGGAUAGGGGCACCUUCUUUGGGAGUUCAUAGAAUUUGACCCCCUAGUACAGGGGCGGCCAAACUGUGGCCCGAGAGCCACAUGUGGCUCUUUCACACAUGUUGUGUGGCUCUUGAAGCCCCCACCACUCCAUGGGACCACUUAGAGAAGGUGAGCAAGCGAGGAGAGGUGAUCGACGUCCAUAACCAAGUCGAGCCGAUGACAGUAGCAGUCGUCUGCACGAAGCUCCUGCCGGAGACGCCAGAUGUGUUGCUUUUGGCCCGCUCCGUCCACCCCUCGGAAGAAAAUCUGGCCCCACUUAAAACUCUGCUCUGCCAGUACCCUCCGCCGAAGAUGUUUGAACUCACCAGACUCCUUCCUUUGCGUUUUGUGAAGAUCAUGGUUCACAACCAGAGGAAGAAGCAGCUGCGAUUCAAGCUGGCGAGCGGACGGGCCUUCUACUUGCAGCUCAGCGCUGAGGCCGACCGACAAGAGGACCUCUUCGACUUGUGGGUCAAGGUGGUGAACUUGCUGCGUCCUCCCCCAGAGCAAACGGUGGAGACGCAGGUCAAGACUGAAGACCCUGGAAGACACGAGGAGGCCCCGGCUCAAAGACCAGAGAGCCCCAGUCUCUUUAACCUGGCGGACACGGUGAGCAUCCAGACAGUCUACUCCUUCACCAAACCACCCAGCCUCACGCAAGAGGAUGCCCAGAGCACGCAGAGCCUGUGCCUGUCCCUGAGAAGUCAGCACAGCACCCAGGGCCCCGUCUUGUUACCCAUCAUCAUUCAAGAAAAGACUUUGGAGCCUGAUAGCUCCCCUCCCUCGGAUGACACGGUGCAAGAAGAGCCUUUGGAGAUGCUCCCCAGCCCCGAUGAAGAGGGGAGACACAAGAGCAGCCCUCCACCAAGCAGAAGGAGCAGAAAAAGCAGAAGAAAGAGCCGAAGCAAAUCUCCCCGGGGAGCUUCUCACCGGAAGCCCAGCAAAAUUCUCUCUCUCAUUGCGUCUUGCUCCUGGGGCAGCCAGAGGAGUAGAAGUCGGGAGACCAAGGGCAAAGCCAAAGAGAAGAAAGUCUAAAGGAAGACUCAACAGAGGAGAGAACCCUCAUAUCCUCAUAACUAUAAUAAACGAGACUGGUUAUAAAAAAACAAA